GAGUUUGGGGUGGUUGGAGCAUCCUCUGUCAGAGUUUGGGGGGGUUUGAGCAUCCUCUGUCACAGUUUGGGGGGGUUGGAGCAUCCUCUGUCAGAGUUUGGGGGGGUUUGGAGCAUCCUCUGUCAGAGUUUGGGGUGGUUGGAGCAUCCUCUGUCAGAGUUUGGGGUGGUUUGAGCAUCCUCUGUCAGGGUUUGGGAUGGUUAAAAAAUCCUUUGUCAAAGUUUGGGGUGGUUUGAGCAUCAUCUCUCAGUGUUUGGGGUUGUUUAAAAUUCCCUUGUUGAUGUUUGGGGUGGGUGAAAAGUCGUUUGUCAAAAUUUGGGGUGGUUUGAUCACUGUUUCCCACAGUUUUGGGGUGGUUUGAGCAUCAUUUCCUGAAGUUUUGGGGUGGUUUGAGCAUCCUCUGUCAGAGUUUGGGGUUGUUUAAAAAUUCUUUGUCACAGUUUGGGGUGGUUUGGUUGUUGUUUCCCACAGUUUUGAGGUGGUUUGAGCAUCUUCUGUCAGAGUUUGGGGUGGUUUGAGCAUCCUCUGUCACAGUUUGGGGUGGUUUGAAUAUCAUCUGUCAGGGUUUGGGAUGGUUAAAAAAUCCUUUGUCGAAGUUUGGGGUGGUUUGAGCAUCAUCUCUCAGUGUUUGGGGUUGUUUAAAAUUCCCUUGUUGAUGUUUGGGGUGGUUGAAAAGUCGUUUGUCAAAUUUUGGGGUGGUUUGAUCACUGUUUCCCACAGUUUUGGGGUGGUUUGAGCAUCUUCUGUCAGAGUUUGGGGGGUUGGAGCAUCAUUUCCUAAAGUUUUGGGGUGGUUUGAGCAUCGUCUGUCAGAGUUUGGGGUUGUUUAAAAAUUCUUUGUCACAGUUUGGGGUGGUUUGGUUGUCAUUUCCCACAGUUUUGGAGUGGUUUGAGCAUCGUUUCCCAAAGUUUGGGGUCGUUGAAAAGUCAUUUAUCAAAGUUUGGGGUGGUUUGAUGGUUGUUUCCCACGGUUUGGGGGUGGUUUGAGUGUUGUCUGUCAACGUUUGGGGUGGUUUGGUUGUUGUUUCCCGCAGUUUGGGGGUGUUUGGAGCAUCGUCUGUCGAAGUUUGGGGUGGUUUAAAAACCCCUUGUCAAAGUUUGGGGUGGUUGAAAAGUCAUUUGUCAAAGUUAGGGGUGGUUUGAUCAUUGUUUCCCACAGUUUUGGGGUGGUGUGAAUGUUGUCUGUCAAAGUUUGGGGUAGUUUGAGCAUCAUUUCCUGAAGUUUUGGGGUGGUUUGAGCAUCCUCUGUCACAGUUUGGGGUGGUUUAAAAAUCCUUUGUCAAAGGUUGGGGUGAUGUGGUUGUUGUUUUCCACAGGUUUGGGGUGCUUUGAGCAUCAUCUGUCAGAGUUUGGGGUGCUUUGAGCGUCAUCUGUCAGAGUUUUGGGGUGGUUUGAGCAUCCUCUGUCAGAGUUGGGGUGGUUUAAAAAUCUUUUGUCCAAGUUUGGGGUGGUUUGGUUGUUGUUUCCUGCAGUUUUGGGGUGGUUGGAGCAUCAUCUGUCAACGUUUGGGGUGGUUUAAAAACCCCUUGUCAAAGUUUGGGGUGGUUUAAAAACCCCUUGUCAAAGUUUGGGGUGGUUUAAAAACCCCUUGUCAAAGUUUGGGGUGGUUUAAAAACCCCUUGUCAAAGUUUGAGGUGGUUGAAAAGUCAUUUGUCAAAAUUUGGGGUGGUUUGAGCAUCAUUUCCCACAGUUUUGGGGUGGUUUGAGCAUCCUCUGUCACAGUUUAGGGUUGUUUAAAAAUCCUUCAUUUAGGAAAUCUUCGUUUCCCACAGUUUUGGGGUGGUUUGAGCAUCAUUUCCCACAGUUUUUGGGGUGGUUGGAGCAUCAUCUGUCAGAGUUUGGGGUUGUUUAAAAAUCCUUUGUCAGAAUUUGGGGUGGUUUGGUUGUUGUUUCCCACAGUUUUGGGGUGGUUUGAGCAUCCUCUGUCAGAGUUUGGGGUGGUUGGAGCAUCCUCUGUCACAGUUUAGGGUUGUUUAAAAAUCCUUCAUUUAGGAAAUCUUCGUUUCCCACAGUUUUGGGGUGGUUUGAGCAUCAUUUUCCGCAGUUUUUGGGGUGGUUGGAGCAUCAUCUGUCAGAGUUUGGGGUUGUUUAAAAAUCCUUUGUCAGAAUUUGGGGUGGUUUGGUUGUUGUUUCCCACAGUUUUGGGGUGGUUUGAGCAUCCUCUGUCAGAGUUUGGGGUGGUUGGAGCAUCCUCUGUCACAGUUUAGGGUUGUUUAAAAAUCCUUCAUUUAGGAAAUCUUCGUUUCCCACAGUUUUGGGGUGGUUUGAGCAUCAUUUCCCACAGUUUUGGGGUGGUUGGAGCAUCGUCUGUCAGAGUUUGGGGUGGUUUGAGCGUCAUCUGUCAAAGUUUUGGGGUGGUUUGAGCAUCCUCUGUCAGAGUUUGGGGUGGUUUGAGCAUCAUCUAUCAGUGUUUGGGGUUGUUUAAAAUUCCCUUGUUGAUGUUUGGGGUGGGUGAAAAGUCGUUUGUCAAAAUUUGGGGUGGUUUGAUCGCUGUUUCUCACAGUUUUGGGGUGGUUGGAGCAUCUUCUGUCAGAGUUUGGGGUGGUUUAAAAAUCCUUUGUCAGAGUUUGGGGUGAUGUGGUUGUUGUUUUCCACAGGCUUGGGGUGGUUUGAGCAUCCUCUGUCAGAGUUUGGGGUGGUUUGGUUGUUGUUUCCCCCAGUUUUGGGGUGGUUUGAGCAUCGUUUCCCAAAGUUUGGAGUCACUGAAAAGUAGUUUGUCAAAAUUUGGGGAGGUUUGAGCAUCAUUUCCCACAGUUUGGGGUUGUUUGAGCCUCAUCUGUCAGAGUUUUGGGGGGUUUAGGAAUUGUCUGUCAGAGUUUGGGGGGCUUUAAAAACCCUUUGUCAAAGUUUGGGGUAGUUUGAUGGUUUUUCCCACAGUUUUGGGGUGGUUUGAGCGUCGUUUCCCAAAGUUUGGGGUUGUUUAAAAAUCCUUUGUCAAAGUUUGGGGUGGUUUGGUUGUUGUUUCCUGAAGUUUUGGGGUGGUUUGAACAUCGUCUGUCAAAGUCUGGGGAGGUUUGAGCAUCAUUUCCUGAAGUUUUGGGGUGGUUUGAGCAUCAUCUGUCGCAGUUCAGGGUGGUUUAAAAAUCCUUUGUUUAGGAAAUCCUUGUUUCCCAAAAUUUUGGGUGGUUUGAGCAUCCUCUGUCAGAGUUUGGGGUGGUUUGGUUGUUGUUUCCCCCAGUUUUGGGGUGGUUUGAGCAUCGUUUCCCAAAAUUUGGAGUCACUGAAAAGUAGUUUGUCAAAAUUUGGGGAGGUUUUAGCAUCAUUUCCCACAGUUUUGGGGGGGUUUGAACAUCGUUUGUCAAAGUUUGGGAUGGUUUGAGCAUCGUUUCCCACAGUUUUGGGGUGGUUGGAGCAUCGUCUGUCAAAGUUUUGGGUUGUUUGAGCCUCAUCUGUCAGAGUUUGGGGUUGUUUAAAAAUCACUUGUCCAGGUUUGGGGUGGUUUGGUUUUUGUUUCCUGAAGUUUUGGGGUGGUUGGAGCAUCCUCUGUCACAGUUUGGGGUUGUUUAAAAGUUCCUUGUCAAAGUUUGGGGUAGUUUGAUGGUUGUUCCCACAGUUUUGGGGUCGUUUGAGCAUCAUUUCCCAAAGUUUGGGGUUGUUUAAAAAUCCCUUGUCAAAGUUUUGGGGUGGUUUGGUUGUUGUUUGCCACAGUUUGGGGUGCUUUGAGCGUCGUUUCCCACAGUUUUGGGGUGCUUUGAGCGUCGUUUCCCGCAGUUUUGGGGUCGUUGAAAAGUCAUUUAUCAAAGUUUGGGGUGGUUUGAUCGUUGUUUCCCACAGUUUUGGGGUGGUUGGAGCAUCGUCUGUCAAAGUUCAGGGCUUUAGAUCGUUACUUCCUGAACUUUUAGGGCUCUUUGAUUUUUGCUUCCCAACUUUUUGGGACUGUUUGGUCGUUAUUUCCCAAACUUUUGGGGCCAUUUGUUGUUUGUUUCCCAAUUUUUGUGGCUGUUUGGUCCUUGUUUCCCAAACUUUUGAGGCUGUUUGAUUUUUGCUUCCCAAACUUUUGGGGCUGUUUGAUUUUUGCUUCCCAAACUUUUGGGGCUGUUUGAUUUUUGCUUCCCAAAUUUUGGGGCGGUUUGGUCGUUGUUUCCCAAUCUUUGGGGCUACUCCUGGGAAUGUUUGGAUCAACCUCAGGAACUCCCUGGAUGAGGGAGAGGAAUUCCCACCCUGGCCUGGCCGGAAUUCCACCCCCAAAAGUGGGAAAAUCGGCUUUUCCUCCUUGUUUUAUCCCCCAGAGCCGGGUGAGGGGAGGUGACUCCGUGAUCCCAAAUCCCAGAAUCCCAGGGUGUUGACAGGGAAAGCAGGAAUUGUCCAGAGGCUGGAAGAGUUGGGAUCCAUCCCACUUGGAAUCCUCCUGGUCAUUCCCAUCCCCAAAAUCCCCUUUAUUGGGUUGGGUUUGGUCCCUGCCGGAGCCUCCCAACAUCCCCUGCUCCCGUUCCGGGGGAAAUUGGGAAUUGCUUCCCAGGCUGGUGAUUCCAAAGGGCUGGAUGGGGCUCAGGAAUGUCAAACAUUUGUUUGCAGGGAGAUGUUUCAUCUUUACCUCCCCCACAUUCCCGGGAAAUCCAGGGAAUUGUGGUCCCUGCUGAGGGCAGGAAUCCCGGGAAUUGUGGUCCCUGAUAGGGGCAGGAAUCCCAGGAAUUGUGGUCCCUGAUAGGGCAGGAAUCCCGGGAAUUGUGGUCCCUGAUAGGGGCAGGAAUCCCAGGAAUUGUGGUCCCUGCUGAGGGCAGGAAUCCCGGGAAUUGUGGUCCCUGAUAGGGGCAGGAAUCCCAGGAAUUGUGGUCCCUGAUAGGGGCAGGAAUCCCGGGAAUUGUGGUCCCUGAUAGGGGCAGGAAUCCCGGGAAUUGUGGUCCCUGAUAGGGGCAGGAAUCCUGGGAAUUGUGGUCCCUGAUAGGGGCAGGAAUCCCGGGAAUUGUGGUCCCUGAUAGGGGCAGGAAUCCCGGGAAUUGUGGCCUCCUGAGCUGAAAUCCCACGGGAAAAUGGUGGCUCCCAUUGGGAAUUCUGGGAUCCAUCCCCGUCCCGCUGGAGAGGGGUUGGAAUCCACCUUUAAUCUGUGUUUUUCCUGCUAAAAAAUCCAGGGAAUUGGAGCCUGGGGGAGCUGGGAGUGGGUUGGGAUAUCCCUGGGAUUCAGGAACUUUCCCAUCCCCCCAUCCCAAAACCUUCGGAGCCAUCCCAGGAUUUUCCCCUGGGAUUGGGAGGGGGAUCCCAGCUGGGGGUGCAUCCCAAAUCCUGGCCCUUCCCAUGGAAAACUCCCAAAGAAAUUCCCUCAACUGGGUUUGGGAAAACCCUGGAUCCAUCCCAGCACCGGGAGAGGGGAUUGGAAUCCUCUGGAGAAGGAAUUCACCUGGAAAAGGGGAUUGGAAUCCCUCUGGAAAAGGAAUUUACCUGGAAAAGAGGAUUGGAAUCUCUCUGGAGAAGGAAUUCACCUGGAAAAGGGGAUUGGAAUCUCUCUGGAAAAGGAAUUUACCUGGAAAAGGGGAUUGGAAUCUCUCUGGAAAAGGAAUUUACCUGGAAAAGGGGAUUGGAAUCUUUUGGAAAAGGAAUUUACCUGGAAAAAGGGAUUGGAAUCCUUUGGAAAAGGAAUUUACCUGGAAAAGGGGAUUGGAAUCUCUCUGGAGAAGGAAUUCACCUGGAAGAGGGGAUUGGAACCCUCUGGAAAAGGAAUUUACCUGGAAAAGGGGAUUGGAAUCCCUCUGGAAAAGGAAUUCACCUGGAAAAGGGGAUUGGAACCCUCUGGAAAAGGAAUUUACCUGGAAAAGAGAUUGGAAUCUUUUGGAAAAGGAAUUUACCUGGAAAAGGAGAUUGGAAUCUUUUGGAAACGGAAUUCACCUGGAAAAGGGGAUUGGAAUCUCUCUGGAAAAGGGGAUUGGAAUCUCUCUGGAGAAGGAAUUUACCUGGAAAAGGGGCUUGGAAUCUUUUGGAAAAGGAAUUUACCUGGAAAAGGGGAUUGGAAUCUCUCUGGAAAAGGAAUUUACCUGGAAAAGGGGAUUGGAAUCCUCUGGAAAAGGAAUUUACCUGGAAAAGGGGAUUGGAAUCUUUUGGAAAAGGAAUUUACCUGGAAAAGGGGCUCGAGUUCCUUUAAAUAUCCCUUGGGAUUUACCAAAGGAAAAGGGAUUGGAAUCCUCUGGAAAAGGAUGUGGGAACUCCUUGGAAAAGCGGCAGCCCCGAGGAUUUGAGGGCGUUCCAGUCCCUUUUCCCGGAUGUUUUGGAGCUUCCCCUUUGGAAUUGUUUUAUGGAAUUUUGCGCUGAGCGUUCGUUGCUUCCGCCCGGAACUGGUGGGAAAAUCCGGGAUUUUAUCCCAAAUUCCGGAGUCCAAAAUGUCUGGGAAUGUGAGGAGCAGGACUCACCUCCUGAUCCCUGUUUUGGUGGGAAGAGGGAGCAGGAAUUCCUGGGAUUUGUGGGAAGAGGGAGCAGGAAUUCCUGGGAUUUGUGGGAAGAGGGAGCAGGAAUUCCUGGGAUUUGUGGGAAGAGGAAUCCCGGGGCUCCUGCAGCAGGAGGACGAUUCCUAAGGAGAACUUUUCCAAAGGUUUUGGGAUAAUCCUGGAAUUGCUGCAGGGGGAGGAGGAACCAGGAAACCAAAAUUCCAGGGACGUGGAAACAAAGGCAGGAAAUGCCGGGAAAAAACAUCCAGGAAGCAGAAAUUUCCUGGAACAGCCGCCUGGAAAGGGGAGCUCGGGAAUGGGGUGGGAAUUUUGGGGGGUUGGACGUUGGGUUGGUGCUUCCUGAGGGAGAAAUUCCCAGUUUUUGGGAGGAAAAGUGGGAAUUUUGGGGGUUGGAUGUUGGGUUGGUGCUUCCUGAGGGAGAAAUUCCCAGUUUUUGGGAGGAAAAGUGGGAAUUUUGGGGGAUUGGAUGUUGGGUUGGUGCUUCCUGAGGGAGAAAUUCCCAAUUUUGUGAAGGGAAAGGUGGGAAUUUUGAGGGGUUGGAAUUUGGUUUGGUGCCUUCUGAGGGAAAAUUCCUGGGUUUGGGGAGGAAAAGUGGGAAUUUUGAGGGGUU